AUGCGCCUCAAUCGCCCACCCCUCUCUUAUCGCUUUCUCCCCUCUCUCAUCCCCUCCUCCCCUCCCUCAUCCCCUCCUCCCCUCUCUCAUCCCCUCCUCCCCUCGCUCCUCCUCCCCUCCUUCCUUCUCUCAUCUCGUCCUCCCCUCUCUCAUCCCCUCCUCCCCUCUCUCAUCCCCUCCUCCCCUCUCUCAUCCGCCCCUCCCCUCUCUCAUCCCCUCCUCCCCUCUCUCAUCCCCUCCUCCCCUCCCUUAUCCCCUCCUCCCCUCUCUCAUCCCCUCCUCCCCUCGCUCCUCCCCUCCUUCCUGCUCUCAUCUCGUCCUCCCCUCUCUCAUCCCCUCCUCCCCCUCUCUCAUCCGCCCCUCCCCUCUCUCAUCCCCUCCUCCCCUCUCUCAUCCCCUCCUCCCCUCCCUUAUCCCCUCCUCCCCUCUCUCAUCCCCUCCUCCCCUCGCUCCUCCCCUCCUCCCCUCGCUCCUCCCCUCCUCCUUCCUUCUCUCAUCUCGUCCUCCCCUCUCUCAUCCCCUCCUCCCCUCGCUCCUCCCCUCCACCGCUCUCUCAUCCCCUCCUCCCCUCUCUCAUCCGCCCCUCCCCUCUCUCAUCCCCUCCUCCCCAAUCUCAUCCCCUCCACCGCUCUCUCAUCCCCUCCUCCCCUCUCUCAUCCGCCCCUCCCCUCUCUCAUCCCCUCCUCCCCUCUCUCAUCCCCUCCUCCUCUCUCUCAUCCCCUCCUCCCCUCGCUCCUCCCCUCCUCCCCUCUCUCAUCCCCUCCUCCCCUCUCAUCCCCUCCUCCCCUCGCUCCUCCCCUCCUUCCUUCUCUCAUCCCGUCCUCCCCUCUCUCAUCCCCUCCUCCCCUUGCUCCUCCCCUCCUUCCUUCUCUCAUCCCCUCCUCCCCUCUCUCAUCCCCUCCUCCCAUCGCUGCUCCCCCCCUCCCCUCUCUCAUCCGCCCCUCCCCUCUCUCAUCCCCCAACACCGACAAGCCCGCAACCCUAAGCGUAGCAGAGGGGGAGAGUGACAUCGCGCGCGCGUGCCAAGGCGUGCGAGCUGGCACACCAGGCUACUCUCCCACCGCGCUUUCCGCACGCCUCCCGCUUCGCACAGCCUCUAGGCCAGCCUCCUUUUUAGAGAUGCGCUCGCCUGCAACAGCAGAGGCGGGCGGGGGGAGGGAGCGGAGCAGUGGGGCGGAAGGGGAGGAAGAAGGGAGCGGAGAGGAGGGGGAGGACGUGGCUGAACUUCCCUCCUUCCCGUCCCUUACCUCCGCCUCCCUGCACUUCACUUCCCCUCUUCUCCUUUACAUUCCCUUCCCUUCCCUUCCAUUCGCAACGCAUCUCCUCCCAUCCUCCCAUCUCUCCUCCCUUCCUCAUGCUCUGUCCUCCCUUCCAUGCCAUAUAUCGUCACUUCCCAUCCUUACUCCCCACUACUACGGUAUGUGCAGGGUGAAGGGUUGUGUUAGGAAGAUGGGCGGUGCAGAGUGUGCAACAGCUGAUGCAAGAGCACAUCGAGGAGCUGAGGCGACACGUUUAGUGGAAGGCUGUUUUGUACAUUGA